AUGCGAUGAACACCGCUCCCCGCUGUCCUCCGGAGUCGUCCCGUACGAGACCCAAGACUUCAGAAUGUCUUGUCCGCGCGCUACGCCAAGGACUCAGCGGACAAACUGACAUUCCGUUUUAUAUUUAGCUGGCAUGCAACGAGGGCGAACACACGUCCGACUAUCAACACUUGAUCGUGGCCAGGCGUCAGAGGGGAGCCUGGGUUGGGUCGCCUGUUUGGAGAGCGUGUCGGCAGCCUGUAAAGUAGCGGGACCUCAUGAGCCGUCACGCUGACACGGUUACCAGAUCCAGGUUGUUCUUUCGAUGGAUUGCUUGAGGAGGACUAGCACGCUUUUAUAGGCCAAAACACUUUUAUUUUAUUUUCAAUUCAACGCUUGAAUAAUAACAGCAUAUUCAACUUUUUCCGUCGUUUUGACGCUUCUGUCAGAUCUUUCGUAAAGCACUCAAGUCUAAACUCUUGCCAUGAGGCGUAUAUCAUAACUCCCCACCCCUGCGAUGUCUGCUGGGAGGAUCUAGUCGGAUCCGGUCUCGGGUCGCAGGCCCCUUGGUGCGAGAUAAUCAGCGGAUAAUGUGAACUAAUGAGGCGGAGAUGCAGGAAGACCAACCCAGAGCGCAGCGCUCCGCCAGCCUCAGGUGCGCGCGAGGGAGGGAGCAGGACGGAGUCGGGAGACCCCGCCACACGGCCCAAGCCACGGACACCGGGAGACGAGAGAGAAGAGGAGCGGACACGCACCACCACUUGUCCUUGUCUUCGCUGCACAUGGAGACGGGCCAGAGCGCGCCGGCCGCAGACGCGGGAGGCGACCACUCCGCGGGAGGGGGGCUGAGCAUGGUCGAUCGAGAGCGGGACCAGGGUGGAGGAGGAGGUGGAGGAGGCGGGAGAGGGGACGUGGCCAGCCCGGCCCCGCCGGCAAAGCAGCGGUCGUUGCGCGCGGUGUACGUGCUUAAUGACGGGAUGAAGGCGGUGAUGGCUAGCAGCCCGGAGUCGGGCGCGCUGCAGUGCCUGCAGAAGGCGUGCGACGCGGAGAGCGCGCUGCUCACUACCGUGACCUUCGGCCGGCUGGACUUUGGAGAGACGUCGGUACUGGAUACCUUUUACGACGCAGACAUUGCCGUGGUGGACAUGAGCGAUGUAUUCCGGCAGCCCUCUCUCUUCUACCACCUGGGGGUGAGGGAGAGCUUUGACAUGGCCAACAACGUCAUCCUGUACCACGACACAGACCCAGACACCGCCCUGUCCCUCAAGGACAUGGUCGCCCAGAAAAACACAGCAGCUCGUCCCCUAGUCCCAUGGGUACAGUUGCCCCAAGAGUACAGAGGCUCUGGAUUACGAAACAAAGCCUCCAGUGGGAACUACUACUUCAUCCCCUACGUCCUGACCCCCAACCAUGAGUACAUGUGCUGUGAGAGCGACGCCCAGCGCCGGGCCAGCGAGUACAUGCAGCCCAGCUGGGACAACCUGCUGGGCCCGCUGUGUGUCCCCCUCACCGACCGCUUCAGCAACCUCCUGAAGGACAUCCACGUCACCUCCUGUGCCUCUUUUAAGGAUACUUUGCUGAACGACAUCCGGAAGGCGAGGGAGAAGUACCAGGGGGAAGAGCUAGCAAAAGAGCUAACCCGCAUCAAGCUGCGCAUCGACAACACUGAGGUCCUGACUCAGGACAUAGUCAUGAACCUGCUCUUCUCCUACAGAGACAUACAGGACUACGACGCCAUGGUGAAGCUGGUUGACACCUUGGAGCAGCUGCCCACAUGUGACCUGGCAACACAACCCAUGAUCCAGUUCCACUACGCCUUCGCCCUCAACAGGAGGAACAGUCCUGGAGACAGAGAGAAGGCCCUGUGUGUGAUGCUCCAGGUGUUGCAGUCCUGUGAGCACCCGGCCCCAGACAUGUUCUGUCUCUGCGGGAGGAUUUAUAAGGACAUCUUCCUUGACUCGGACUGUAAGGACACAAAGAACCGAGACAACGCAAUACAGUGGUACAGAAAGGGAUUUGAGUUGCAGCCAACUCUGUACUCUGGUAUCAACCUGGCCGUCCUCCUCAUAGUGGCCGGACAGCAGUUUGAGAGCUCAAUUGAACUGAGGAAAAUAGGUGUGAGGUUGAACAGCCUCUUGGGUCGUAAGGGUUCCCUGGAGAAGAUGAACAACUACUGGGACGUGGGCCAGUUCUUCACCGUUAGCAUGCUAGCUAACGACAUUCCCAAAGCUACGCAGGCCGCCGAAAAGCUCUUCAAACUUAAGCCACCUCUUUGGUAUCUGCGUUCAGUGGUCCAGAACCUGCACUUGAUCCAGCGGUUCAAGAAGCCCCCUGUAGAACAUUCUGCCCAGCGGGAGAGGCUCAACUUCUGGAUGGACAUCAUCGUGGAGGCAACCCGGGGAACAACCAUUGGUCUCAGAUUUCCGGUUUUGAUUCUGGAGCCCACUAAGCUGUACCAGCCCUCCUACGUGUCCAUCAACAACGAGGCAGAGGAGAAGAACGUCUCCAUAUGGCACGUGUCUCCCGCAGAGACGAAAGGCAUCCAUGAGUGGAACUUCACCGCCACCGCCAUCAAAGGCAUCAGUAUCAGUAAAUUUGAUGAGCGCUGCUGUUUCCUCUACGUGCACGACAACUCUGACGACUUCCAGAUCUACUUCUCCACCGAGGACCAGUGUGCACGGUUCUGCUCUAUGGUGAAAGAGAUGAUCUCUGAUGGUUCAGGAAAUGCUGUGGAACUGGAAGGGGAGGGGGAAGGAGAUACACUGGAGUACGAGUACGACAUCAACGAGACGGGGGACCGGGUGGUCCUGGGGCGGGGGACCUACGGGGUGGUCUACGCCGGCCGGGACCUCAGCAACCAGGUCCGCAUCGCCAUCAAGGAGAUCCCAGAGAAGGACAGCAGGUAUUCCCAGCCCCUCCACGAGGAGAUCGCGCUCCACAAGUACCUGAAGCACCGCAACAUCGUCCAGUACCUGGGCUCAGUCUCCGAGGACAGCUACAUCAAGAUCUUCAUGGAGCAGGUCCCUGGAGGGAGCCUGUCUGCUCUGCUGCGCUCCAAGUGGGGGCCCCUGAAGGAGGCCACCAUCAUCUUCUACACCCGGCAGAUCCUAGAGGGCCUGCGCUACCUCCAUGAGAACCAGAUCGUCCACCGAGACAUCAAGGGUGACAACGUGCUGGUGAACACAUACAGUGGUGUGUUGAAGAUCUCAGACUUCGGGACCUCCAAGCGUCUGGCGGGGGUGAACCCCUGCACAGAGACCUUCACUGGCACGCUGCAGUACAUGGCCCCUGAGAUCAUUGACAAGGGCCCUCGGGGCUACGGGGCCCCGGCGGACAUCUGGUCCCUGGGCUGCACCAUCAUAGAGAUGGCCACCGGAAAGCCCCCCUUCCACGAGCUGGGGGAGCCCCAGGCCGCCAUGUUUAAGGUGGGCAUGUUCAAGAUCCACCCGGAGAUCCCAGAGUCUCUGUCCCUGGAGGCCAAGUCCUUCAUCCUGCGCUGCUUCGAGCCCGACCCCCACAAGAGGGCCAACGCCUCGGACCUGCUGAGAGACACCUUUGUCAGGCACAACACCAAGGGCAAGAAGAGCAAGAUCGCCUUCAAACCCUCUGUCUGGCAAGACUACAUCCGCAGUGUGUCCCUGCCGGUGCAGUUACAGUGUGAGGCCACUGGGAGCAGCAGCAGUGAGCACGGCUCAGUGAGCCCAGACUGCGACUCCAAGCACGACGUCUUCUUCCAGAAGAAGACUCGCUCUGACUCAGACAACCUCAAGCCCAGCAACUCUAACUACCUGAGUGUUCCUGACGAGGGUUUGGCCUCUGAGGACCGCAGCGCGCCCCCCUCCCCAGAGGACCGGGAUGGGGGUCUCUUCCUGCUGAAGAAGGACAGCGAGCGGAGGGCCAUCCUCUACAAAGUGCUGAACGAGGACCAGGACAAGGUCAUGUCCAACCUGCUGGAGAACCACAUCCAGGGCAGUGAAGAGCUCCAGCUCUCCGUGGACCACAUCAAGCAGAUCAUCUGCAUCCUGCGAGACUUCAUCCACUCUCCAGAGCGCCGCGUCAUGGCAACCACCAUCUCCAAGCUCAAGCUCGACCUUGACUUCGACUCCACCUCCAUCAACCAGAUACAGCUGGUGCUGUUUGGCUUCCAGGACUCGGUGAACAAGGUGCUGAGGAACCAUCACAUCAAGCCCCACUGGAUGUUCGCAAUGGACAACAUCAUCAGACGUGCUGUGCAGGCGGCCGUCACCAUCCUCAUACCAGAGCUGCACACCCACUUCGGCCCGGCGUCCGAGAGCGAGGGGGCGGAGAAGGAGGACGAGGUGGACGUGGAGGAGGCGGAGUUUGGGCAGGUUUUGGCCACUCCCACCGAUGACCCUGGCACGACCCCUGACCCCACGGCCUCUGGGGCAAGCGCCCUCACCGCCGCCCACUCCCAUGAGCCUCAGCGGCCAAACCAACCCCUGGGCGCCCAGCUGGGGCGGCUUAAACAAGAGACCAACAGGCUGCUGGAGGAACUGCUGCUGAAGGAGAAGGAGUACCAGCAGGUGCUGAAGGCCACGCUGCAGCAGAGGUCUCAGGACCUGGAGCUGGCCAGGGUCAGACACCGGCCCUCAGAGCUCCCGCCCCCUUCCAUCUUUCACAUCCCCGCUGACCACGAACCCGACAAGCAGCUCACUGAUUGGCUGAAAGAGCAGGGGGCGGACCCUGACACCUUAGACAAGUUCGUGAUGGAGGACUACACGCUAAACAACGUCCUCAGCGACGUGUCCCGGGACGACCUGCGCGCCCUGCGUCUACGCGGCGGCGUGCUCUGUCGCAUCUGGCGGGCGAUCCAGAGGCACAGAGAGAGAGCGAGGACGAGGAGCGACAAGCCCAGCGACGCCUGACGGGAAUCUCAUCCGCUGUGUUUUGGUUUUUCUUUCUCCCAACACUCCUUUCGCGCAAAACACGACUCACCCGCACAAAGACGCCACGGCACACACACACAAACACGUCACACACACGUUACACGGCAAACACAUACAAACACGGCACACGCACAAAAUACAGCUCACGCAAACACAGCACACCCUCAAAACACGGCACACACACACAAACACGGCACACGCACAAAAUACGACUCACGCAAACAGGGCACACCCACAAACACGGCACCAACAGAAACACACCCCCCACAAAAACACACCACACACAAACUCGCUACACACACACACACCAACUAGCCUCCCAGCGGUCAGUUCACCAUAACCUCUGUCUUUCUUUUAAGUUCUCUUUUAAGUGUCUUACGGUGAGUUCAGAUACAUAUCAUUAAGGAGCAGGUCAACGGUUGGGCCGGCUGAGGGACACAGGGGAGGGCACCCAGUAGCUCUGUGCAUGGGAGUGGGACGUCCCGGCCACGAGACAGCUUUCCAUCGACAUAAGAAUAGGCGUGACCAUGACGAUGGCGUCGGAGGUGACAAAUCUAUUCCACCGAAUGUGCCUCCCUGCAGAGUCAAUGUUGGCCAGACCAAAAGACUUUAGUGCGGGCACUAUUUCAAAUACAUGUCACAUAUCACAGCUACUGCCAUUUUAUUUGACGUUAAUUGUUAACUUACGUGCGUUGUCAAACUUUUAUGGCAUUUUAUGACACUCACAUUGGGAUAUAUUUAAAUAAAUAAAAAGUAUUCACAAAUAGUUACCUGUUGGUUUGAAACAGAUGGACACAUUUUUUCUGACAUUGGGGAAUAUUAUGUCAACGAUGUACCGAGUCAUCAUUACGAAUAGUUGAAAAAGCAUUGUUAUUUAUGAUAGACGCCGGUAUUACACAGAAAUAGGCUAAAUAGCGUGGCAGUUAAUGUAAGUCAAUGUUCAAACCCAUAUCCUAAACACAUAUUCUAACAACAAGCUUAUUUUUUUUUUAUAAAAUUAUUAUUCAUUUCCCAAUGAUGUUGGUGUACAUAUAUAUCUCCCAGUCACACACCUGCAUUUGUCUCUGAAACCGUUUUUUAUUGUUUAUUUAACUAUAUGCUUGUUUGUUUCCAUCCCAAUUUCUUGUGGCUCUAAAAUCUACAAUAAAGGAUUAUCCCUCACUUUGACUUUUAUGUUGGAGUGUGAAAGUCGUA